UGCUCUGACGAAUUGUCUUCUUUCUUUAACUGUCAACUGACGUUUGAUACGCCAUAUGCUACUGUGAAGAAAGUAGUAUUUUUUGUUAUUUAUUAUAAAUAAAUGAAUUAUUACGAUAAAAAUAUCAGGAAACUCACGUCGUUUAAGGUUAUCAAAUAAGUGUUGACCGAACACUGAAACUUUCAUCAUGGCCAAAAAGAAAUCAGAAGAGAAGAGCCAGCAGCAAAAUGGAGACUCUAAGAAUGAGAAGGAAGUAAAUUACGAUGAAGAACCUAAUUUCAGCGAUCCUGAAGGAUACGUUGAUAAUAUUUCAGAUGAGGAACUUCUAGCUGACCUUUUGGAACAAAAACCAAAAGAAACCAAUGGCGUAGAAUGCGUUAUUGUGGUGGAUGGUGUUCCCAAAGUUGGUCCAGAACGUGUGGACAAACUCAAAACCGUACUCUACAAGACUUUCGGGAAAGUGGGCAAUGUCCGUAACGAAUAUUAUCCAGUUGAUGAACAAGGUCAUACAAAAGGUUACAUCUUCUUGGAGUACAGCACCCCUCAACAGGCAGCUGAAGCGGUCAAGAUGAUCAACAACAUCAAGUUGGACAGGAAUCACACUUUUAAGGUCAAUCUAUUCACUGAUUUCUCCAAAUAUGAGCAGAUACCUGAUGAGUGGUCCCCACCCGAACCUCGUCCUUACCAGGGACAAACAGAUUUGUAUCAGUUCCUGUUGGAACCUGAUGCGUAUGAUCAAUUUGGUGUUGUUACCCAGGAUAACACCGUCCAGAUCUGGCAAAAUACGCAGCCCGAUCCGACGUUGGUUGAGGAAAGAACUAAUUGCACUCAAGUACUGAUCAAAUGGUCUCCAUUGGGUACCUUCUUGUCUACCUUCCACCAGAGAGGAAUUGCUCUUUGGGCUGGACCCAAUCUAACGCAAUACAAAAAAUUCCUGCAUGAUGGUGUCCAAUUCAUUGAUUUUUCACCGUGUGAAAAAUACCUUGUGACCUGUUCCACCAUGCCAAUGGACUAUCAAGAUAACAACAGAAUAAUCAUCUGGGAUAUAAGGACUGGAUUGGAAAAGAGAUCUUUUAGUCCAGAGGGAUCAUCCACCUGGCCCAUUUUCAAAUGGUCUCAUGAUGAUCGUUACUUUGGUCGUAUUGUAAACGAUGUUUUGUCCAUUUACGAAACUCCUUCCUUCGGUUUGUUAGAUAAAAAAUCCAUCAAGAAUCCGGGUAUCCGUGACUUUAGCUGGUCCCCCACCGACAAUAUUCUCGCUUUCUGGGUAGCUGAAGAUAACAACGUGCCAGUAUGCGUUACCCUUCUUCAAAUACCGGAACGUAUUGAGAUCCGUAAGAAGAAUCUUUUCAACGUUGCCGACUGCAAGAUUCACUGGCAGAAAGCAGGCGAUUACCUUUGCGUCAAAGUCGAUCGUUACUCCAAGGUCAAGAAGGAGAGGAACGAGACCAAGUAUUCCGGAAUGUAUUGCAACUUCGAGAUCUUCCACAUGAAGGAGAAAGAGAUCCCAGUCGACAGUGUGGAGAACAAGGAACCGAUCCAGGCGUUUGCCUGGGAACCGGUAGGCAACAAAUUCGGUGUCAUCCAUGGGGAAAAUCCGAAUAUAAACGUUUCCUUCUACGAAGUGAGGGCUGGUCAAGCCCCGGUGCUCUUGAAGAAGUUCGAAAAGCGCGCUUGUAAUCACCUGUUCUGGUCGCCAAGGGGACAGUUCGUCGUUUUGGCCGGUCUUGGGGCCAACGGUGGGGGUUCUCUGGAGUUCGUCGACACCCACGACUUCCUGGUCAUGAACACGACAGAUCACUUCCAGAUGUCAGACGUGGAAUGGGAUCCCACCGGUAGAUACGUGGUAACUGGAGUGUCCCAUUGGAAAACGAAAGUGGAUACUGGGUACUGGAUAUGGUCGUUCCAAGGCAAGAUCUUGAAGAGAGUUAAUGUAGAUAAAUUUGGCUUGCUCCUAUGGAGACCCCGUCCAAGAAGUUUGUUGAGCGAGGAGAAACAAAAGGAGAUAAAGAAGAAUUUGAAGCGUUAUUACGCCCAGUUCGAGAGCAAGGAUCGUAUGAGGCAAUCCAAGGCUAGCAAGGAACUCAUCGAGAAACGUGCUUCUCUCAUGGACAAAUGGAACAGCUAUAGGGAGGAACGUCUUCGGCACUUCUUGGAAGUCAAGGCACAGCGUCUGGCUCUCAGAAAUAAUAUUGAUACAGAUGAAUUGGAUGCAGAUUCUGAUAAUGUAGAAGAAGAAAUGGUGGAGUUUUUUAUAAAGGAAGAAGUGACAGUAUUGGAGUAAAAAAUUUGUGAAGAUCGCUUGUUCCUGCCAUUUGUGACGCAAGUGGUGGGGGUACUUUACUUAUUGACUUGAAGACAGACUUGAGUGUUUAAUCGUUUCACCAAUAUAUUAUUUGUAUUUUAGUUACAAUAAAAAGUAUCUGCCGGUCA